AUGAACCGCCAACAGUUUCUUGACAUGAACACGAGCAAUAGUAACGAAUAUUUUCUUCAGAAGCAUACGUUCUUUUUGGAUCAGUGCAAUGUAGAUGAAGACUUUGAGUUUCCUCAUGAUGGAUUGAGCACUAUCGAGGAAGAAAACUAUAAUGACCUAUCACUGUGCGAUUCGGUCUCCAGCUUGGACUAUCUGGAUGGCGUCGAUUGGUGUACUGACCUAAAUAAAGUCAAGAACCAAGGCCAACGCCGACGAUUGGGAGCAAACCUGAAUCUACAGCCAGUUCCAAAAGUUAUCAGCGGAAUCUGUGACCAAGAUUCUACCUGGGGCAAUAAGGGAAGUCUAUCUUCACAAGCAACCUUGAGCACAGCGUCUUUAUCAAUAUCCUCUUUCGAAUUGUCAUCCUCUUUCGGAUCAAUCUCAUCACUGGACUCAUUUACAUUUGUGGAUGCCCCAGAAUUAACUUCGUGCGUCCAAGAGGAAGCAACAAGUCCAUCAGCUAACGCUGACAAAUUGCAAUACGAGGAAGCUGACGACGAGUUUCUAGUUGAUGCCCAAUCGUUUCAAGGCCAAGAACUUCUUCGCAGACAGCUCGAACGCAGGAUACAAGAAAUAGAUCAAGCAAUUUCGAAGCUCAAGCUGGCUGGACCCGCUGAUAAAUGA